AUGUCCUCUUGCAACAACUCCAUUCCUCAACCCUUGAUAUUUGUCCUGGCUGGAAUCCCUGGCUUGGAAUCUUCCCAUGGCUGGUUCUCUGUGCCUUUUUUCUUGGUGUUUGUCAUUACAAUGAUUGGGAAUGUGGCCAUCUUAUGCAUCAUCCGGGUGGAAAAGAGUCUUCAUGAGCCCAUGUUUCUCCUCCUGGCUAUGCUAUCUGUUGUUGACCUAUCCCUGGUCAGUGUCACUGUGCCUCGCAUGUUAGGUAUCUUCUGGAUGAAUGCCAAAGACAUCAGCUUUAAUGCCUGCCUCACACAGAUGUUUUUCAUCCCUUCCUUUUAUGUCAUGGAGUCUGGGAUCCUCCUAGCCAUGGCUUUUGACAGAUUUGUGGCUAUCUGGUACCCUCUGCAAUAUAAAACCAUCCUUGCUAACAACAUACUUGUGAAAAUGGCACUGGCUGUCUUGGCAAGGGCCAUGGCAGUGCUGACUCCAGCACCCAUCCUGACAAAAAGACUGAAAAGCUUCCAAACACACAUCAUCUCUUACUCCUACUGUGCCUACAUGGCUGUAGUGCAGAUAGCCUGUGGAGACAUCUCCGACCACAUUGUCUAUGGCCUCAUGGUUAUUGUAACAUCUGUGGGAUUUGAUCUGCUUUUUAUCAUUCUGUCAUAUGGGUUGAUCCUUCAUGCUGUCUUUCGAAUCCCCUCUUGGGAGGCACGGGGCAAAGCUCUCAGUACAUGUGGCUCCCAUCUUUGUGUCAUAGCUCUCUUUUAUUCUCCUGUUGUCUUCUCUGUCCUGGCCCAGAUUUUAGGCUAUCAUAUGGCUCCCCAUCUCCAGAUUAUCAUUGACAAUCUCUAUUUCCUAGUGCCUCCCAUGGCCAACCCCUUGAUUUAUGGGGCUCGGACUAAGCAAAUGCGGCAGCGGGUACUGCAGAUCCUCCGCUGUCAUAGAAACUUAGGAUGA